AUGCCUAAUGAAAUGGCUCUCACCACCCAGCCGCCGCCGACCGGGCCCGCCCCGCCUCAGCACAAACAGGCGACCCCAAAGCGCAAACGAGGCGAAGACGACAACAGUAUUGCACCGGCUUACACGACGGCGCAGUUUUCCUUUCGGCUCCCUCCUCCCAGCAGUGAAGAUCCCGGUUGCGAGAGUCCGCGGACCAGGUUUGCCCGCCAAUUCAAGGGACUCAACAUCGACGACCAGGGUGGGGGCGGGGUAAUUCCCCAGCAGCAGCUGCUGCAGAUGCAGCUCCCAGGCCAACCUGUAGCCUUCCGGUCCCUGCUUGCAGGUUCUGACGAACCCGACAAUGAUGAAGAUGAUGGCAGCCCGACAACGCGCAAGCGACAAAAACUUCCCGAUGUCGAAAUGCACGAUUCAGCGACCGACAACUGUGAGCGGGCCGUAUCUCCCAGCCCACAGCGAAGCUCCACGGUGUCCCAUGUCGGUCCACAGCCGCAGCUUGCCCUCAAGGCCGUCACAAUCAAGGAUGCAAUUGCACCCGACUCCGAUCUUUCCUCCACCGCCGAUCAGCUCCACAGAUCCUAUCCUUCAAUCAACCGCCUGCAGGACUCCAAGUCCCGUCAGCCGAGACGCGUCGGUACCCCGCCCCCGAGGAGGAGGACGACGAAGAAGGAACCCGCCAGGAGGAAGACCGAAAUCAGCGACAGCGAAGAUGAGAUGCCCACGAUCGUCGAUCCCGUUCGAGCAGCCUUGACUUGGCACGAGGACGAGAUCACCGUCUACGACCCCGACGACUCGGAAGACGAUGGCGUUGGCGUCAACGGCAUCGGCUUCAAGCCCACGGCUGCCCAAACACGCGCUAGGAUUGCGAAGCGGAAGCAGCAGUUGGCCGAAUACAGGAAAAGGGAAGAGAGUGAGGCGAGAAACAAGCGCAGCCAGCGCCGUCGCGGCAGUGCGGCCGGCCUCCCGGCUGCAGUCAUGAAAAACAAGGCAGCAUCAGCGUCAGCUGUAGCGCGGCGCGUCCGUUUUAUGGAGACAGAAACUGGCGCCACUGCUCUGGCCGAGUCGACCGUCUGA